GUCCAAAAAAUGUUCUGAUUUUAUAAAAGGAAAUAGACAAGGACAUGACACAAUGAUCAAGAUUGACAUAACAUCCAAAAGAGAAAAAGGGGAAAGCCAUUGGAAUUAGAAUGUCCUAUAGUAUAUGCAGCACAUAAGCUGGAAGAAUAACCAAAGCAAUUGCAUACAUUAAACAUGUUGGCACCACCAAUCGAUUGCUAUGUUGCCAAGCUUUAGCUUUCUGGUUCCCCGGUCAAAUAAACUAUUUGCUAUACAUAAAUGCCUCUUCCCCACUCCACCAACCCCUCUUAGGCUCCUCCCUCCAUACCAAAUUUAUUUGCAUUCCAAAGACAAGAUUGUUCUAUUUGCUUACACCCCAUCUUUCUCCAAAAAGUCUCACAUUCACGGCUUAAAUAUCUUGUCUCUUUUACAACUUUUAGGUCCUUCCAAUGGAUACUUCCGAGCCACAGUCUUCAAAACAGCUAAAAGAACACCUCCAGCACCACCAAGAGCCUUUUUCAUUGCAAAGUUACCUUGCUGAAAGAAGUUACAUGUUCGAGAACUUCAACUUUGGUAGUAGCAACAUCAAUUCGGCCAAGAAUCUAAAGUGGUCGAUCAAAUAUGAUAUACACAAGAUAAGGAAAAGAUUAUUACAUGCUACGGGGAUGCUAAGAUCACUGUUAUACAAGUUCAUUCCCACAGAUGACAACCACGAGUUCUCAAACUGGGAUGAAGAGCACAUCAGUGAUCUAUAUUAUGUGCAUGAAUUAACAGCAGUCUCCCAGACAACUCAACAAACAAAUUUAGCUGUGUCCGGUCAUUUUACUAACAAUGAUGUUCAGGACAAGGUUUUGCCAGCGAACAUGAUGUUUCAGACAUUCACACUCCCCAAAUUGAGAAGAUCUGAGGUCGAUGCAGGAACUAAACCAUUUUGGAUAAGCUCAAAAGAUAGCAGAGGAUUAGAAUGGAAAGAACCAUUACCCAGUGCAGUGUGUCACUUAAAAAGUCCAGAAGGUGAGGUAGCACUACCUGUUCCUACUUUGUCCCAGAAACUUGUUAGAGAUUAUGUAAGAAAGUUACUAGCGAACUCAAAUAUUCUGAAAUUUAGACGUGCAAGAAAAGACAAACUAGAGGACAUGGUUGAGACAGCUUCUUUAUGCCAAAGAAACAGAAGCAGUCUGCCAAAGAGGAAGCAGCGAUGGUUUGACUAUGUUGAAAAAGACAGAGUUUUUCAUGAACAUGGAGGUAAAAGUGUAUCAAAUAAAGCAGUUUCAGAAUCAGAAGAUUUUCAGAGUAUGAUACAUGAGCAUUUUAGCUUCUUGGAGAAACAAUAUAUAGAAGUUAAAAAGAUGAAGCACCUGUUGUAUGCAGAAUCGUGUGUGAUAUCAGAAGAGUGGAAAAGCUUCCAAAUCGUAAAUUGGGAGAUAUACAUGGAGAUAGGAGAUUCGAUCACGGAUGACAUUGUCAGGGAAAUCAUUGAUUUAUUUUAAAUAGAAGCAUGCGUACUCGCUUGGUUUGCAUAACCAGGCUGAUUAGUUUAGUAGCAUUUAGCAACACUGUUGAAUGUAUUAACAUCCAGGAUCAUAUGUCUCUGCCUGUUCUAUGUUUGGAGAUUUCACCUGCACCUUGUUUUGACAAUCACCCAUGUUGAUGUAAAUUCAAGUUAAAGAGUUGGUAUGGGU